AUGGCUAGCUCUAGUAGAAGUCGUACCCCCAACGGGAGAACCAAAUCUACAGGUCAUAAACCAAAAGAAGCACAAGGAACAAAACCUGCAAGUGCAGGAUUCUUCGAACAAAUGACACGCUCAGUGAUAAGAUCCCCAAGCAAGCUCACUGGUAGAAAGAGGGACAGAGAUAAAGACGACACAGGUGGGCGAUCGCCUUCUAAAGCACCGGCUGACAACAUGAACAGCACCGAAUUCCGGAUGGACUCCCCCACACCGACCAAUGUUGGCCAAACUCCUGAAGAAGACUCGAUACUUGAAGAUGACGAAGGCAGCCUCCUUAACACAGAUCAGGAAGCAGCCAGGAGAAUGCAAUACGACAACACCCCGACACCACACCAACACUUCGACGACCUGGAAAACAUCGUACUCGGCACAGCGAGCGACAUCCAAGGCGAACUAGGGAUCAUCCUCAGCUGGGUACAAAACAUGGCCGCGGCCCUACAGGAAACCAACGAAUCCAUAAAAACCUUAAUAACCAACAACUCCAAACUCCAGAGAGAAGUCACAGCCCUCAAGGAACAGAACAACGAGAUAAAGGCAACGCAAAAUAGGGUGCUCGAGGAAGUCAACGUACUUAAGACACGAAACGCCGAGCUAGUACAGGUAAUCUCACCCCCCCGAGGCACACAGAAUUCCCCCCAAAGCCACGGCAACACCACAACCAACCCCAAGACAACGACGGCACUCGGCCCCACAUACAGGCCAACGCUACCAACCAAAGCCCCCACCACAAAAGCCGCCUCCCGCCCCACUGACGCCCACCACCCAUCUAGACUUGUUGUUCGUUUCGCUAACACUGGAAUCAAAGAAGAAGACAAGGAAGAACCCCAAAGCCUGGCGAAACGCCUCAACCACAACAUAACUGCACACGCCCACUUCGGGAACCUGGCAGACCCACCAACGGUGGUAGCGGUCAACUACAACCGCACAAACAGCAGCCUCAUAGUCUACAUGAGGGAGGAUCAGGCCGCUGCCGACCUAUUACCAUACGAAGAUGUGAUCAGAGAAUGUGUACUACGGGACAACCUGAGCUACAAACUAAAGAUCUACGUGGACAAGAAAUGGUUCAAAAUACAAGUCGACAAUGUCCCGACAAUGGACUUCUACGGGAACAUCCACACUCCGGCCAACCUCAUGGCGGAACUGACCAGGAACAACUCCACAGUAUACAAACUCCACCAAGAAGAACACGUCACCAUGGAACCUCGCUGGGUAAGAACCAUGGAAGACAUCAUGGCUCAAGGCACCCGAAGGUCGUCAUUCAUCUUCGGCACAGACUCAGAAGAGAGCGCAAACAAGAUCAUCAACUCCAAAAGCCUCGCAGUCUUUGGUAGGUACUGCGACAUUCGGCCCUUCCAAGACCGACCGCCAGUCCGGCAAUGCGAUAACUGCUGGAACCUCGGCCACCACCGAAAAUCAUGCACAGGCGGGGUCACCUGCAGACUGUGCGCCUCGAAAGAACACUCCGAAAAAACUCACACAGACGCCUGCACGAAAUGCAGGGCACAUCGGGAGAGUGAAGGAUACAUGGAUACAGAACAGUUAUACUGUGACCAUGACUUACGAUGCACUAACUGUGUAGCUGCAGGCAAAGAAGACACCGACCACGCCACCAACAGCAGAAGAUGCCCAAUCAGACUAGAAGCAUUUGGCACAGCACGAACAAACGAGAAAGCAGCAAUCAAAAGGGGAACCCUGUACCAAGUGGCAACACAGAAGAGGAGCCGCAAACCAAGAACAAAAACCAACAAACCCAACACUGCCAAGGCUGCCAGCACCAUCAACGUUAGCGGCACAAACCGUUUCGCCGCCCUGGGAGACAUCAACAUGGAAACAUACAGCGACCACCCGACCACCCCGAUACCCUCCCAAUGA